GCCCAUGGUCGCCAUGGUCCUCUGCCUGCCGAAGGCACGGAAGCACAGUGGGCACAAACUGGCACAAACUUUUCGCGUACGCACUGUACGAAUUACGAAUCACAGGCAUUCACAGGUGUGUGUGUCCGUGUACAGUACCUAGAGGUGUACCGUGGUACACGAGCGGUCGAACCGUCGGGUGAAGAACCUUGUGUCUCGUGACCUGACAUUUCGCGCACAAGUACAACCAAGUACAACGUUGGCGUUCGACAAGCGUUUAGUUGAGUGUGGUUUCUUUUGACACUUGCACUAAUCCGGUCUGCAUUCGGUGGCAGCCGUCAUUUUCGUUUGUGUGCGUUUCUGAGUGCAGUUACGGCGCUGCAGCAUUAAUGUCGACAUGGUGAACAAGUGCUGUGUGCCCGGGUGUCGCGGCAAUUACGCGUCAGGACCUAGAGUGGCCGUGUUCCAGUUUCCCCAAGACGAAGACCUGCGGAAGGCAUGGCUGCACGCUAUAUCACGACCAGGUUUCGUUCCUUCGAAACACUCCACGGUAUGCGAACUUCACUUCACGGACGACGACAUCGUUCGAGAGAUAUAUGGUGUCGACGUUGCUACCGGAAACGAGGUGACUGUACCCAGGAAGCCCCGCAUUCGUCCACACGCCAUUCCAUCGAGGUUCUGUUCAAGUCACGUACUGAGCGCGCAGAAAGAGGCAGACACGAUUCGCAGCGUGCAAGGUCUGGCCGACUACAUGAAAAGCCAACAACGCUCUGCAUUCUGGCACAUGGUUGAAGGCAGUGAACGCCUCCUCUUCAUGCACAUUGUUGAAGAUGCAGCGCCAUGGAUCAAAUAUUCGAUUGUCGUGAAAGCCAACUUGACUCUCACCUUUCAUGUAGUUAAGACGCCAGUCUUGAGGCUGGGACCAGACUUGCGCAUUCCGACCGUCGCAAAGAGCAAGGUUGCAAUGGUGGAGCUCCUCGAGAGCAUUGAGAAGUGGGAUGGUGACCCCAGUUCAGGUUCUGAAAGUUUGGACAAGGACAUCUGCAAUACUAUUCGUUUGUUGCUUGGCAAGUUGUCUGCAAAAGCAACGAAAGACAAGGCCCAUGUCAUUGAGUUCCUUGGUGAGCAGUUGGAACAACUCUCGGCAAACAAGCGGCACAAGGGUUACUCAGUUGACCUCACGGUGUUUUCCUGCCUUCUUUUUACCAUAUCACCUCAUGCUUACAAGUACAUCCGCAGCUCUGGAAGCGUUAUUCUGCCACACCCGAUCACCAUCCGAUCGACGUGCUCGUCUUUUGGAAGCAAUCUCCAACCAGAGCACCACAGCGCAACAUUCCUCGGCUACGUGGCGAAGAGGAUCUCCGAUUUGGAGGAUCAGCAUCGUUUCAUGGUCUUGCUGGUGGACGAGAUCCACAUCGAACCUUACUUUGAGUACAAAGGAGGCAUCACUGGUGCGACACUCAACUCCGCGGAAGCGGCUAACAGCAUGCUUGUCUUUACGGUCCAAAGCCUCACAUGCCAAUUCAAAGAAGUGGCACACAUGGUCCCUGUACAAAAAGCCAGCGCGCAGUAUCUGCACAAGUUGCUGAGAGACGUGAUUUGUGGGCUGGAGAAAAGAGGGUAUAGGGUUGCUUGCAUUGUAAGCGGCGACACCUCGGUGAACAGGAAGGCAGUGUCCCACUUCACGUCGCCUCCGACCAGCGGAUUCGUCUAUCCACACCCGUCCGAUCCUGCAAGGCCGCUGUUCUUUGUGAUAGACCCAGUGCACAUACUCAAGAGCAUACGCAACGAUUGGCUCGACCAAAAGAACGACCUGCUUGGGUUUUUCUUUCCUGAGUUCAAGCCUGGGCUGACACAGGCGCAGGAGUUGUUGUGCGCAUCGUUUGCAACUGUCAGAGAGGCAUACAACUUGGAGUGCGACGACCAGAUGAGGUACCUCAACGUGCCGAGAGAAGCCCUUUACCCGUCGAACGUCGAAAGACACGACUUGAAACUCACUUUGGAGAUUUUUAACAACACACUGCCCAAGGCACUUCGUUCUCUCGGAGUGAUGUACGACGUAAAAUUCCUCAAGGGAACUAUGGCCUUCAUCGAGAUCAUAGUCAAGUGGUGGAGAAUCGUGAGCAUGGUAGUUCCAGGAAAAACGAGGAAAGACCAACACCAGAACCCGGCAUCAUCUUCAGAGGAUGAUCCCAACGUGGACUUCCUGUACAAGCUCCUGGACUGGCUGGACGAAUGGAAGAGCAAAGAUCUGGACAGUGGUAUGCUUUCCAAGGAUACCCACACUGCUCUUCAGCAGACAACUCAUGCUUUUGUGGAGGUCAUCAGCUACUGCUUCACCGAGCUCAAGCUGCCCUAUGUCCUCCUGGGGAAGAUUCGGACCGACAGCUUAGAUGAGCGCUUUGGGACGUACAGGAAACUGGCUGGCUCCCAGUAUCACAUGUCCAUAAGGCAGCUUUAUGAAGACGAAGACGAAGUGCUGCUGCAAAACACGCUGCCGACGAUUGCCGAUGUUUGCGAAGCAGAUGGAGACGAACGGUGGGAGGACCUUCACAAACGAGAUCACUUGUUGCUUCCUGACCUUGAUGCAGACGUAACCGAAGAGGCACUGUCAAAAAUAAGAGAUGUCCUCCCUGUCCUGGUCUAUGUGGCCGGACAUGCAGUUCACGCCACCCUGAAAAGGCUGAGUUGCGCAAACUGCAGAGCUGCAUUGACAAUAAACAAGAUGAUCACCAUCCCUGUUGAACAGCAACACUGCGAACUUGUCAAGGAACUGGGAGGAGAAGGACUUCUUUUCCCAACAAUGUUUGCAGUAAAUGCCGUCGUGUACAGCUAUGUCGUCAUUGAGGAACUGUCGAAGCAGGCAGAAUUCUUGAAGGUGCCGAACCGGCACCAUUUUGUCACGGAUUUCGCUGUGGAGCUACUAUCCAACAAAGAGCUUUCUGACAUCAAUGUCUGCGAUAAUGGACACACGAGCGAGCUUUUACUGAGACACGUGUUGUGGUGCAGCACAGACAUUUUACUGAAGAAUUUUUUCUGCAAUGUGAGCGUAGAAACUGUUGUUUCUAGUGCUAGAUCGAGGAAAAGGAAAGCCCAGUAACUUCCUUCACAUUCCCGUACUGCAUAUGCUGAAAACUGCAGAAGAGAGUGCAAUUGCUUUUUUGUAAAUACUUCUCUUUAACUUAACGACAAAAUAUUUUCUGGCUCAAGUCACAGAUGUUUGUCACAAAGUCUGCAUCUGUCACAAGUUACACAUGUAAAUAAAGGCCUUGUACCUCAAAUGUUAGGUAACAUUUUGAACUACAAAAAAUCUUGCUAUAUCACUAAGAGACUCCUUUACUCUUGUGACAAUUCCUUCAGCGCUAUACUGCAGUGUUAAGCGCACAGUGUUGUGCCAAAUUGCGUCAUGAAGGAAAGUGCUACAUCUAGUGCUAAAAUGCCAUUUUUGCUAAGAAAUGCGCUGCACCUGUGCCGAGAUGGGCUUAAAGAAAAAAAAAAAAAAGUUUUUUUUUAUUGUAGAACUUUGUAUUUAGAGAAGUAGAAGGAAAGAAAAAUGGUACAAAUAUGAA